AUGGCGUCCAGUAAAGACAAAGGAAUCCUUUAUACCUUUUCGGGUAACGUUCAUGGCUACAAAGCUCAGAUUGCAGCACAGUAUAGCGGUGCAUCAUUGAAAGUUGCUGGUGAAGAUCAAUUUAAAAUGAACGAAACAAAUCGUUCACCAGAAUAUAUAGAAAAAUUUCCAACCGGAAAAGUUCCUGCAUAUGAAAAUGAUGCGGGAGUUUAUCUAUUCGAACCGAACGCCAUCGCCUACUAUCUUUCAAAUGAGCAACUUCGAGGUCAAACAUUAGCUGAACAAUCUGAAGUUUUUCAAUGGAUUGAAUAUACAGAUCGGGAAAUUCAUCCUAUAUCAACAACCUUAGUGUAUCCAUGUAUGGGCAUUUUACAAUUUAACAAGAACAACAACGAACGCGCAAAAGUCGAAUUAGCGAAUAUUUUACAUUUGUUAAACGAACAGCUUCGUACACGAACGUAUCUUGUAGGUGAACGUAUCACAUUAGCCGAUGUUGCACUUACUUGUGAUCUAUUACUGUUAUUUCAAUGGAUCAUCGAGCCAAGUAUACGUGAAAUGUAUCCAAAUGUGACACGAUGGUUUUUGACGUUAACUCAUCAGAAAGAGUUUGAAGCAGUGAUUGGUACUGACUUGAAAUUAUGCGAGAGAACUGCUCAAUUUGAUCCAAAAAAAUAUGCAGAACUUGCACGCCGGGAUCAUGCACCUCAAACUCAACCAGCUCCAAAAGAUUUUGGACAUAGCGAUCAUAAAAACACGAACGAAGCAAAGAGUAAAAAGGAGAAAAAAGAAGCUAAACAAGAAGAGAAACCAAAAAAGGUCGAGAAGAAAGAAGAAGCUGAAGUUGCAGCUGAUGCCGGCGAUGAAACCGAUGAGAUUUACGCAAAUGAACCAAAACAAAAGGAUCCGUUUGCUGACAUGCCUAAGCCAAGUUUUAGCAUGGAUGACUUCAAACGUGUCUAUUCGAACGAAGAUACCGCAACGGUCGCUAUUCCAUAUUUUUGGAAAAAUUUCGAUAAUAAUCAUUGUUCAAUCUGGUUUUGUGAAUACAAAUAUCCGGAAGAUCUCUCUCAAGUCUUCAUGACAUGUAAUCUAAUCUCAGGAUUUUUUCAGCGAUUAGAUAAAUUACGUAAACAUGCAUUUGCUAGCAUGUGCGUUUUUGGUGAAAAUAAUAAUAAUACGAUUACAGGUAUUUGGGUUUGGCGUGGCCAUGAACUUGCCUUUGAACUUUCGUCGGAUUGGCAAGUUGACUAUGAAUCAUACACCUGGAAGCGUUUAGCAAUUGAUGAUGAGAAUACAAGAAACUUAAUUAAUCAAUACUUUCUUUGGGAAGGUGAACAUAAUGGUAAAAAGUUCAAUCAAGGAAAAAUUUUUAAAUAA